UCCCAGGACUGUCUCAUGUGGGCGGCAGAGGAUGGGCGAGGCAGGGGCGGCGCGGGAGACAGCUCUUACCCACGCCCUCAUCCUAGAAUACUUGGAAUGGGCGGGAAUGGACGCCGUGGCAGGAAUACUCAAGCAGGAAUGUACCCAGCGCGGCCUACCCAUCCACUGUAGUAAUAGUAGUAGUAGUAGUAGUAGUAGUAGUAGUAGUAGUAGUAGUAGUAGUAGUAGUAGUAGUAGUAGUAGUGGUGUAGGGGACGAGCUCUUGAGACACUUCGAUAAUGGCCAAGGAGCGAAAUUCUUCCAAGCGUGGCGUGUGGCCCAGGGUCGAUGGGGACCCGCCUGUGGCUCCCUGGACACUCUCACCCUGGAGUUUCAUCUGCAUGUGUACUUCGCCACGCUCCCCCUGAGGCACGGACACCCGGAGGACCACGGGGCAGCCAUGGCAGUGUUUCGGCGGUACCUUGAGUGCUGCCCCGCGCGUCUCGGAGCGGCCCAAGAACUCCUGCCCUUCUACGCCCUGCCCUACGUGCUGGACCCCCCCGCCCACCCCUCCUUCAGGCCCAUCUUCCAGGAGUCGUGGGUGAGGGGGGUCAGAGAGCGGCUGGGGGGGCUUCUGGAGCGCUUCCCCCCCGCCCCGCCACGCCCCGCCAUCUUCUCCUACCUCCAGAAACAGUCUAACAGCGGGGGGGCAGGAGGGGGGGCAGGAGCAUCAGAAGGGGGUGCGGGGGGGGCGGCGGCGGGGGUGGUGGCGGUGGUGGGGGGGCGUGAGUCAGCUGCCUCAUCCCUCAGGACUCAGCGAGGUCUCAGAAAGCGUUUGCAGAUAUUACAAGAAGAUUACCACAAGCUCAUAGGCGUGGCGUGGGAGCUGAGUCAGGGCUUGGAGGCAGCCGUGACAGGGGAGGCGCUGGAUGUCGAAGGAACCCUGGCAGCUUGCACGCACCGGUACCCAGAACUGUUCACCCAAACGCUCACCCAUGAUACAUCCGCGGGCGCGGCCACCAUACUGAAGGAGUCCAUGAAUAGAUGUCGGUCACGCCCAGGCAUCGCAGCGCCCUUGCCAGCCCUGGACUUCGGUAGGGUACGGGCUGACCUUGGCGCGGCCCCUGUCACACAUCUGCUGCUCCUUCUACAAGCUCUCAGACAGCGGAUCACCAGGAUCACCUCAGGGGGCGUGCGCGGGGCAGUCGUGACGGCCUACGUACGGGGUGACGUCCUGGGGGUGCGGGGGGGCUGCCGGUGCUGGGGGAGGCUGGGGGGGGCGCUCACCUCACCCCCAGGCCCCCCAGCGCCCCCGUACUUAAGCCAAUCUACAGCCAGACUCAUCAAUGCUCUCACCGCCUUCUCUGCGGGUCGAGCUUACCUGGCCACUGAGGAGGUGUGCGGGGUUCUACUGGCGGCCCUGAAAGUCGAAAAUCCUGACCCCGUGAGUAGCGACAUGUCCCUGGCGGCGUUGCAAAAGCUCUCCAUCCGCCCCGAAGUACAGGCGUGGCUGGUGGGGGGCGGGGCGGUGGAGUGGCUGGCGCGGGCACUCCAUGACGGCCACAACCUGUCCCCUUAUACCCAGGAAUAUGCCGCGGCCCUUCUCAUGAACCUAACUCUCAGGUCAGCAGGCCGCGAGAGGUGUGUGCCGCUGUGUACCUCCCUGCUGCCUGCUCUGAUCCGCCUACUGCCCGUCCUGCCUGCUCAUGUCGUUCCAUAUGUUACCGGCGUCCUGUUCAGCCUGCUCUCACACCCCGACCUGCGCCGCCACGCCCUGCACACUCGCCUAGACAGCGCCCUUGAUCAUCUGGCGAAGGUGGCUGACAGCGAGCAAAGACGUCAGCUAGAAUAUAUUGUUGACCAGCUGAGAAGGGACGCCUCCCCCUCGCCGCCCCCCUCACCCUCGCACGCCCUUGACCUCGAGGAGGACCCUGAUUGGCUGGAGGAGGAGCUGGAGGCGGGUGACCCAGUUCGAGCCCCGCCACACACGCCCACGGGGGAAGACCUUCUGGCGUGGCGAUACACACUGCACCCGGGCGAGAUGGAAGAGGAGGAGAAGAAGAAGGAGACUUACCCCCCAACCAGGCAAGUAGUAGUAGUAGUAGUAGUAGUAGUAGUAGCGGUAGUACAGCAAGGCCUAGGGGGAGAGGGCCCCUGGGAGUAUCCUGCUGAUGGUGGCGAUGAUGGUCCCAGGGGAGGCCCCCACCCGCACAGCAUGCCCCCCCCACGACAAGAAGAGGAGGUAGGAGGAAGAGGAGGAGGAAGAGGAGGAGGAGAAGAGAAGAAGAUAGGAGGAAGAAGAGGAGGAAAGGAGGUAAAGAAGGGAGGAAGAGGAGGAGGAGGGGGAGAGGAAGACUUAGAAGAGGAGAAAGAGAACAGAGGAGGAGGAGGAGGAGGAGGAAAGGAAAAGAAGAAAGAAGGAAGAAAAAGAGGAAGAGAAGAAGAGAAAGAGGAAGAAGACAAGGAGAAGAAGAAAGAAACAAGAAGAGGAGGAGGAGGAGGAGGAGGAGGAGGAGGAGAGGAAGAGAAAGAAGGAAGAAAGGAAGAAAAACCCAACAGGAGAACUUUGACCCUACCCACGGCCCCCCCGCCCCCCCUGCCACCACCCCCGGAGCCCCCCCCACGAGGGAUUGACGUGGGCGCCAGUCGACUCCUGCAGCAGCUGGUGGGGGAGCCGAGGGAGGUCACGCCCCCCACCGCCGCCCCCCCUGAGCACGACCCCCUCCUACGGUCCCUGCCGCCCCCCAAGGCCUCAGAGUACAAGGUCGCCUUCAGCUCACGCCCCCGGCUCGCCAGGACUCCCCCAGGGUCAGCAGGCUCCCCCCGCCACUCCAGCCCCCGCCACAAUAUCCUGCCCCCCAUCGCUAAGGCCCCCCCUGCGCACCCCCGGGCCGCCACCUGACCUUUGGGGGGCGACGGGGGGCGGGGAACGGGGGGAGAAGAGGGAGGAGGGGGAGGAAGAGAAGAGGAGGAGGAGAGGAUAGAAGGAGGAAGAGAAGAUAAGGAGGUGAAGAAGGGAGGAAGAGGAGGAGGAGGAGGACGAUUAGAAAAGGAGGAAGGGAAGAAAGGAGAGAGAAGAAGAAGAAGAAGAGGAAGAAGAAGAAGACGAAGAGAAGGAGGAAGAAGAAGAGGAGGAAGAGGAGGAAGAAGAAGAGGAGGAGGAGGAGGACGAUUAGAAAAGGAGGAAGGGAAGAAAGGAGAGAGAAGAAGAAGAGGAAGAGAAGGAGGAAGAAGAGGAAGAAGAAGAAGAAGAGGAGGAGGAGGAGGACGAUUAGAAAAGGAGGAAGGGAAGAAAGGAGAGAGAAGAAGAAGAGGAAGAGAAGGAGGAAGAAGAGGAAGAAGAACAAGACGAGGAGGAAGAAGAGGAAGAAGAAGUACAUCAAAACAGAGGAGUAUGCCUUCAAACGUUCCUGUAGCCUCCGUUUUCUGUGGUUCCUUACGUAUAAGUAUAUAUGUAUCUUUAAAUAUAUGUGGAUACCUUUU